GAUCGGCCACAUCUCUGGAGGCCCGGGCCCUGGCCCCUGGGUGCAGUGACCCCUGCGACUGGAGUUCCAGCCUGGAUUCUGCACUCUGCGCUGCACAGGUCCUGAAGAGGGACCCGGGAGGCUGCACGCCCCACUCGGUCCGGGCUUGUCAGUCCGACAUCUGGCCGCAGCCCCCCGCAGCACUUGCCGCGGCGACCCCCGGAGCUCACCGCCAAGUCCUCGGGGCUGGAGGGACCCGCAGCCGCCCCCACCUCACGGGCAUCCGGGCAGCGCCGCGCACGCCCGAGCAGGAGAGGGAGCGCCCCGGCCAGGCCCCGCCCCUGCGCCUUUAUAAGGCAGCGCCGCGGCCCAGCGCUCAGUGUUUCUCGGACACCAGCCCCGCCGCCAGGCCUUACCGCAACACGGGCCUUGCGGAGUCGCCGGCCCCCCGCAGCCACAGCCACAGCGAAGGGCUUUCCUGUCUCCACCUCCAGGCGGAACGCCUUCGCAACAGGAUCUGAGCGCGUCGUCGCCGUCGCCGGCAUGAAGUUGGCUGCGGUCGUGCUGAUGUACCUGGUCGCGCUCGCCUUCCUGGGCGCGGACACUGCGCGGCUGGACGUGGCGUCCGCGCUGAGCAAGAAGCGGGACGAGCGGGCGCUCGGUCGCGACAGGAGGGAACUUCGCGUGUCCAGCAGCCACCCCGCCGGGCCCGCGCAGACGCUCGUUCAGCCCCUGGACGGGAAGGGCGCCUCCGGGGGCCCCCAGGCCAGCAGCCCGGACGCCGCCCGCAUCCCAGCCAAGCGCUACCGGCAGAGCAUGAACAACUUCCAGAGCCCGCGCAGCCUGGGCUGCCGCUUCGGGACGUGCACGGUGCAGAAGCUGGCGCACCAGCUGUACCGGCUCACCGACAAGGACAAGGUCGGCGAGGCCCCCCGCGACAAGAUCAGCCCCCAGGGCUACGGCCGGAGGCGCCGGCGCUCCGCGCCCCAGACGGGCCCCGGCCGGCCUCUGCGGGCCCCGACCUCCCGGGCGCGCCGCGGCCUCCUCGCCCUCGUCGGGGCCUGAGCGGCGGACCGAGGUGCGCGCACGUCGCGGGGCCGGGGCCGGGGCCGGGGCGUCGCUCCGCAGCCGGCAGAGACCCGCGCCCGAGGUGCCGCAGCGGCGGGAGCCCUGGCCGUGCAGGGGCCCCUCCUUGCGGAGUCCGCGCGCCCCGCUGCCGCCUGGCCGCCGUCCCACGGCCGUGCAUCCGAGACGGCGUGUGCGGGGGCCGAACGGGAACGCAGACGCGCCGCCGCGCCCCGCACGGGGUCUGAGCCACGGUGUGAGCGCCGCCGGCGGAGCUUCCCGGGGCCGCGGGCCCGCCAGCCUCGUGGAUACUUGAACUCCGUCCUCAGUGCAAUAGCGCAGCGCCUGCUGCCAGUGACUUUCCCUAUUUAAGCGCCGCGGCCGGGGAGGCUGCGAAUAGAGCUAUUUUUCUACCUGAUGUUCCUGUCGUGUCACGGGCAUUUAAAGAGAAGCUGCAUCGUC